ACGUCACUUCCUCGUUAUGGCCCUCUACACGUGUUGACCGAGGAGCUGUUUACAGUAGCUAAAGGAUUCCACGCUCCAAUAUUCUAGCUACAUCUUUCGUCAUACCGCAGUAAUGCCGAAAGUUAAAAAGUCCAAAGCAAAGGGAGGAGAGAAGAGCGGAGGAGCGGUUCCGCUGGCUGACCAAAUCCUGCAGGCGGACACGUUACGAGCCCGAGGCCGGGUGAAGCCCAGAGACACUCGUGCAGAAAACGAGGAUAAGUAUGUAGACGAACGACUGUCGCGGAAGAUCUUACAACAGGCCCGAAUUCAACAAGAGGAGCUUCAGACCGAAUAUGGCCUUGCACCACAACAGAAGAAAGCUCCAGUUACUGUUCUCGGCUCUGUGUCUCAGGAAGCAGACUCCGAUGAGGAGUGGCCAGAAAUGGGAGAUGCAGAUGCAGAUGCUGGUGAUGGCGUUUUUGAGUGCUACAAUGAAGUUGUCGUUGACCCUGAUGAUGAGAAAGCCAUUGAGAUGUUCAUGAAUACGAACCCUCCAAUGAGACGGACCUUAGCUGAUAUUAUCAUGGAGAAGAUCACAGAGAAGCAGACUGAGGUAGGAACAGUGAUGUCAGAGGUGUCCGGCUGUCCGAUGCCCCAGCUGGAUCCGAGGGUAGUAGAAGUGUACAGAGGUGUUAGUAAGGUUUUGUCAAAAUAUCGCAGUGGUAAAUUGCCAAAGGCCUUUAAAAUAAUCCCAGCACUUUCAAACUGGGAACAGGUUCUGUAUUUGACUGAGCCUGAGACUUGGACUGCAGCUGCUAUGUACCAAGCAACAAGAAUCUUCUCCUCCAAUCUGAAAGAACGAAUGGCCCAGAGGUUUUACAACUUGGUGCUACUGCCCAGAGUACGAGAUGAUAUUGUGGAGUACAAGCGACUGAACUUUCAUCUGUACAGUGCCUUGAAGAAGGCCUUGUUCAAACCAGGAGCAUGGUUUAAAGGUAUACUGAUUCCUUUGUGUGAAUCUGGGACAUGUACUCUCAGAGAAGCCAUCAUCAUUGGGAGCAUACUCACAAAGUGUUCAAUCCCUGUGCUCCACUCCAGCGCUGCAAUGCUUAAGUUGGCAGAGAUGGAGUAUAACGGUGCCAACAGCAUUUUCCUUCGCCUCUUGCUUGACAAAAAAUAUGCCCUGCCUUUCCGUGUCCUAGAUGCCUUGGUGGCUCAUUUCCUUGCUUUCCGCAAUGAAAAACGUGUGCUUCCUGUGUUGUGGCAUCAGAGUUUACUCACCCUGGCUCAGCGCUACAAGGCUGACCUGGCCUCUGAACAGAAGACAGCACUGUUGGAGCUGCUCAAGAUACAAACACAUCCACAGAUCUCAACAGAGAUUCGCAGGGAACUGCAAAACUCAGAGUCGAGGGAUAUCGAAAUUGGGCUCCCUGUUACAGUUCAGAUGGACUGA